AUGUCAAGAGAUGCCCCCACUCUGUGCCCCAGCAGUGGCGACGAGAGCGACACCGAGUCAGAGCCAGGCAUCCCUCUGAAGAGGAAGCAGCGCCGUAGUAGGACAACUUUCACCGGAGACCAGCUGGAGGAACUGGAGAGGGCGUUCCAGAGAACCCAGUAUCCUGACGUGUACACCAGGGAGGAGCUGGCUCAGAAAACGAAGCUGACGGAGGCUCGGGUCCAAGUGUGGUUCAGCAACAGACGAGCCAGACUGAGGAAGCAGCUCAACAGUCAGCAGCUGAAUGCCUUCAACUCAAUGAGUCUGCAGAGUGCGUUCCCAGCACACCACCAGUACGUGCCGGACCCUGCCACCAACUUCAACGCUCAGGGUCAUGCAGCUAGUUGGGCACAACAGGCAGCCGUGGCUGGGUAUGCAGCUUCAGGAGGGCUCGGGGGGUACAACAGUGGAUACCCAGGGGCUGGGGGAGCCACGGACCUCGGGGGCGCUCAGUACUACCAGGGCGCCACCCAGCAAUGUGCCCAAGGGGGCGCCUCACCAUGGGCUAGACACCAAACCGCCACCAGCGCCUCCAAGGGGGUGGAUGUUCCUACUCACUGGCCAGACAACUAUAGCUUAUUCUCCGCCGGAGCCAGCCAAAUGUAUGGAGCCGCCUCCAAUCUGACCCCGUCCCACUCUCCAUCGGAGGCCAAGUCCGGGUACCCUUACUUCGGCCAGCUCAGCGGUAUGGAGGCGGUUUGUGGUCGCGUCCACUGAGACUAGGACUCCGCCCCCGCGGCCGGGGCAAUGAGAUAGAGGACGAAGAGAAAUUAUGUGUUCAAACAGUAUUAUUGAUUGUCAAAAAACGUACUAAUUGAAUAUCAUAUAAAUAAAUAGUGUUGUAAAUGUUUUUGUUGUUUGUAUUAUCAAUACUUUGAGGCAUUAUUGGUGUCGUGAUUUUGACAAAAUAUGAAAUAACUUGCACAACACAUGUUUUUGUUAUCUUUUAUUGGCCUGUCUAAUUAUUUAUUUCAUAACAAACAUAUUUUUAUAGUGAUAUACAAGUUAAGUUGAAGACAAUUUCGUCGGAUUAGCAAUAGUAAACGCUAAGUGUAAAACAAUUUAUGUAGAUUAUUUUACGAAAUGACCCAACUGAAACAAGACGACAAUUAAUUAUGUAAAACAUUUAAUAGCAGCAAUGUUGCCUUAAAAUCCUCAACAGUGUCUUAAGUGUGAUAGAGAUAUAUUUUUCAAUGAUCAGUUACAAACAUGUUUUUUGAUAGUUUGUAGAUAUUAGAAGUAAGUAUUUUAUCUCUUCAAGCUUGUAUAUUAAACUAUUUUAUAUAUAUUGUCUUUGAUGUACAUUAAAUGAGUUUUCCAAAGCACCCUUUUCUAUGCCCAAAUAUUAUAAAUGUUUUAAACCUUACAGGUUUUUGUUUCAUGUUUACAAAAAAUAUAAACAGCCUUCUAGAUAGUUAUGUAUUCAGUUUUAGAUAGUUUAGGUGCCUUUGGUAGACUUGUAAUUCAAAACAGUUGCUCUGAUGUAUCAAUGUAAAUAGUGUAGGUAAAUAAUUUAUUGUGAAUGAAUUCCGAUGUAUACUAAUAUUGAAUAUGAAUCGAGUUUAUUUUUUGUAAGAGUGUAUAUGCGUUCAGCAUGUUAUUAAAAAUAAUAAAUAUAUGAUUGAAAA